CCUUUCGUUCUUUUCAUUGUCAAAACUUUUGUUUCAUUUCCAGAGUCUCUCCACUGGGUAAGCAGAAACCCUAAACCGAUUGCAGUCGGUAAGCUUCAAAUCUCUCCAUUAGGUCGUCGUCUCUUCAAUUUUGAUUUUGAUUUCUCAGAUUUUGAUUUCCCGUUAUCCUUUGUGUCUUCUCCUUCGAAUCUCAUCAAGUACUCAAGAUCUCUGAGGAGAUACGGAAGCAGAUCUCUGAGGAGAUACGGUUGAUCUCCCCGUAUCCCUUUGUCUUCCCCGUCAUAAAUGCUGGCUCAGCAUUUGAGGGACGUGACAGCUAAGGCCGGCGCACGUUAUGCAGAAGGGACGUUAAGCGUGUGCCACGUGUAUGACGCGAAUUGGCGCGUCAGAAACACGCGUACGGCAAUUAACACUACAAUAUCCUUCUCUGCCUUGAAGAAUCAGUACAUCGAACCAACUUCACAUCAGUUUCAGGUAAAAAUGGUUUCAUUGAGAGAACUCAUAGAGCAACGAGGUAACCAGGGCAGAGAGGGAGAAGAGGGAGGGGUUUUGUCAGUGGAGCCUAUCAUGAUGAUAGUGCCGCCGGAGUUGCAGGAUGUGCCGGAAACAAUGGCGUCUGAGAGCAGCACGAGUUCCAGCGCCAGUGACAACGGUGGCGACCACCCUAGUGCGCCAUCGAGCAGCUCGUCCGAGGGGACACCAGGCCGCGAGGAGGGGGCAGGUGAUGUAGUGAGCCAUGUUUCAGAUCGGCCUGUGAUGGAAGAAUGGGAAAGCAGGACCAUCACGGGCAGGUUGAACAACCUGCGAAAGGCGCCGAAGGACCUGCCAGCCGGAUUUAGGUUCCGGGCUGCACUUCAUCAUGAAGUAGCAGACUGCGCGCCCUCAAUCAAUGGGUACAGGAGAUUGGAGGAUAUGGUGAGGGCGUAUCAUAUUCCCCGGACAAUACUGUUACGAACAGGCGCACCCAACGAGAGGGCUUGCACGGUGUCACAGACUGGUUGGAUCCCAGUGUAUGUGGACCACUUUGACGCCGGCCUACGGUUUCCCCUGCCCGGAUUGGUGUUCGACCUGCUGGCGGAAUACGAGCUGGCGCUGACGCAGCUGACGCCUAACAGCAUAAGGUUCAUUAUUGGCUUUAUGCUGUUAUGUGAGCGACUAGAGGUGCCGGCCAAGGCGAUCGUGUUCAGGUUGCUGUUUCAGUGCCGGCUGUGUCCGAACUCGCGAGGAGCGAAGUGGUACUACCUCUCAGGGAGGGAUAAGAGCCAGCUCUUCAAAAAUGUGAGGAACAAGGUGGCGAGGUGGAAGAGACAGUUUAUUUUUGUUCGCGACACACGAGAAGAAAGGAUAAGCAACAACCUCGCUGCCCGGCUGUCUAAGUGGCGCACCCCCAACGCUCAUAUCAACUAUCCUCAGCUACUGCCUCGAGAUGUCGAUCUGAAGAACCAGCUGCUGGAGUAUGCGCAGGGGGAGGGUCUAAUAGAUCUAGAAGCCCUGGUUACCUCGGAGGCUCUCGUCGUGUUAGGGUUUGUCGAUGUGACAAACCUGUUCAGCGAAGGUAUAUUUUUAUCAUAUAGUAUUAAUUCUAGCUGGGCUGAGGCUUAUGCGUUUUUCUGUGCAGGAGACAUGAGCAGCAUCUUGGAACGCCAACGACAGCGAGCCCAAGGCUCACGAGGUCGCGCGUCGGGCAGCGCGCAACCCCGUCAGACAAGGUUUGACGAGCGGCCACCCCCAGCGCCUCAAUCACGCGGCCCGUCUCACAAGGGGUCCAGCUCGUCGUCAAGGCCGCGAGCAGAUAACAGAGCUGAGGCUGCGGCCCCGGGUGCACGCAGACGUUCACGCGAGGAGACAGAGAGCAAGGAGGACGAGGUCCCCCUUGCUAGGCGCAUAAGAAGCGGGGGGACUCAGCCCGCACAGGCGGCUCGUCCUACAACGGUGCGUUCGCCCACCGCACCAUCAGCGACUGUGCGGGUAGCAGUGGAGCCCGCCUCUGCAUCGGCCUCGAUGGGCCCCAGGAUUGCUUAUCCUGAGGGCUUCAGCUAUGUGCAGGCAGAGUGCCAGCCUGCCAUGGUGCAAGCCAUGCACAGCUUUGUGCCCCCCUCGGACAAUAAGCGGGCCAAAGCCUUUGUGCAACAGCAUGGCGGUCAGGUCGCCAUGAUCAAAUUAAUGGAUGCGGCUCGUACAGAGAACACCGAGCUCGGAGCAAAGUGCAAACAGCUGACCACAGAGAAGGCUAGCCUUGUGGACGAUGUGGAUCGUCUGCAAGGCUCUGAGAUGGCGAAUCGAGCUGCUGCCGCGGAGAGCCGAGCAGACGAGCUCGCUGCCAGGAAUAACGAGCUCCGGGAGGAGUUGGAUCGAGCGCGGGCUGAAAAGGAAAGCGGGAUUCAGGCGGCCAAGGAGGAAGCUGCCCGAGCUGAGGAGCGGGCGAAGAAGGCCGAGGCUGACAGGGAUCGUGCUCAGCAUGAGCUGAGCUCCCUUAGGCACCAAGUCGCCGAGGCGGACCAGAACCUUGUUGCUGCCGGGGAAGCGCUGAACGAGCUGAAGGCUUCCCAUGCACGUUCUGUCGUCAUCGCCCGGGCUCAAGGGGCGGAAUGGUUCGUUGGCUCGACUGCGUUUCAGGACGCCGUGGCGGUGGCGUCGGCAAAUGUAACCACGGAAAUCUACAAUGAGAUCCGUGGAAAAGUACUGCAACACCGCCCGGAUUUUCCAAUCCGCGAGCUGGUCUUCUUUGACGAGAAGGAGCUAGACGAGCAGGGUAAGAGCCUUGCUCCCCUCGCUGACACAACUGUGAGGCUGAGGUGGGAUUUGAACGAGGAGGGUGUGCCCAUCUGGCCACCGUCCGCGCUGGAGGACGGGGAGGAUCCAGCAGGACUGCCCUCCUUUGACGCAUGGGUAGAGGGUGCUCCUGUGGCUGAGCAGGAGCCUUCAAGCACCCCGCCCAACUCUCAGCCCGCUGGGGUGUCAGUCAGCUCACCGGUCAGCGCGCCAGCCUCUGAGCCCGCAGCCCGAUCUCCUCCUGCUCGCUCUCCUGCAGCCGCUGCUGAUGCAUCCAUGCCCGUCGACCUGACGGAUGACUAGAUUUAGGGUUUUUUCUUUUGAUUUUUUUGUACCUUGUUUUUGCGUUUUUGUAUUUGAUCAAUGGAUCCAUAUCGCAUGUACGUUCAAUGUAAACAUCUUUGAUGAAAUACAAAAAUGAAUAUUUCUUUGAAUU